AGCUAUCUCUGUGUCUGGAGCUUUGUCAUGCUGGAAACGGGAAAGCUGGCUUUUUCCAACGAGGUUGGUAUUAUGAUUAUAGUCAGCUAGACAAGUUGUGCAAGGUUACCUUAGCUAGCUAGGUUUUGGUCCUAGUCACCAACCAUCUACACGGGCGUUUCAAAUCAUCUUUGCUGUACAUGGUGAUUUCAUCAAGCAAAAAAAAAGGGACAGGUACGACCGAUCAGUUAACCAGGUCAUCAGGCGAAGCAUCACGACUUUGAAGUUGACAGCUUUGAUGCAGUGCAGGUCCAGAGGUCCAAGAUGACGGAAGAGGUGAUAGUCAUCGCCAAGUUUGACUACCUGGCUCAGCAGGACCAGGAGUUGGACAUUAAGAAGAACGAGCGGCUGUGGCUGUUGGACGACAGUAAGUCCUGGUGGAGGGUCCGCAACGCCACCAACAAGACCGGCUUCGUGCCCUCCAACUACGUCGAGAGGAAGAACAGCGCCAGGAAGGCAUCCAUCGUCAAGAACCUCAAAGACACACUAGGCAUUGGGAAGGUGAAACGGAAAACGGGGACGCGUGACGCUGCCUCCAACGCCGAUGGCGACAUGUACUCCGACAACGGCGAGCGCCUGUACGACCUCAACCUGCCGGCGCUCGUCAAGUUCAGCUACACCGCCGAGCGGGAGGACGAGCUCUCAUUGGUCAAGGGCACCCGCGUCAUCGUCAUGGAGAAGUGUAGCGAUGGCUGGUGGCGUGGGGGGUACCAGGGGUGUUCCGGGUGGUUCCCCUCCAACUACGUGACGGAGGACGCAGAUGGGACAGCUGGGGGAGGAGGUUUGGGGGAUCCGGCAGGGUCGCUGACGGAAAAGCUAGCUGCAGUGGUUCACAGUGCGUCUAACGGGAACCGGGUACUCCACACGGUGCAGGCGCUGUACCCCUUCAGCUCGGGGAACGACGAGGAGCUGAACUUUGAGAAGGGAGAGGUGAUGGAGGUGGUAGAGAAACCAGACAACGACCCUGAGUGGUGGAAGUGUCGUAAAGCAGACGGACAGCUGGGACUAGUGCCUAAGAAUUACGUCACUGUGCUGCCUCCCCAGCAGGAAUCCACUACCCAGAAUGCCUCACUGGGCCCCGCGGGGCCGCCCACGCCUGACUGUGACUACAUCUCUCCAGCCACGGUGGGGCGGUUUGCAGGGAAGCAGUGGUACUAUGGCAAGGUGACUCGUCAUCAGGCAGAGGUGGCUCUCAACCAGAGAGGAGAGGAGGGAGACUUCCUCAUCAGAGACUCUGAGUCAUCGCCCAAUGAUUUCUCCAUCUCUCUGAAGGCCCAGGGGAAGAACAAGCAUUUCAAGGUUCAGCUGAAGGAUGGUCUGUACUGCAUUGGCCAGAGGAAGUUCAGUACCCUGGAGGACUUGGUGGAACACUACAAGAAGGCUCCCAUCUUCACCAGCGAGCAGGGAGACAAGCUCUACCUGGUGAAAGCCCUGGCCGCCUCUUGAUCACACACACUCACACACACUCACACACACACACACUCACACAGACAGACAAACGUGUGCAGUACACAGACUUUUACACAUCACCAGGACAGAGCCGUGAUCAUCAUGAGGAUGACGGAUGGGAGGGGAGAGGGAGAAAAAUGACUGUGAAUCAUCCUAUCAGAUCAUGUGUUUGGUUCUUCUAGGUUAUAAUGCCAUCUACUAGAUAUAGGCUACAUUUAGGGGUUUUGUUUUUGUUAAUAAUAUAUAUAUAUAUAUUCUUUUAAGUUUCUUUAAAAAAAUGUUUGAUGUUUUGAACUCUACCCAACAACAAGGAUCCGUAGAGAUGAGUCGGUUUGGAUGUUGGCUUGGAUCCAGAAUAGCGACACAUUUCAAACGACUUGUUGUAUCGUUGUCUGUCUUAACUCUUUCAACAUCGUACAACAACUGAUAUGUUGUGGACAAUAAUCUACAGUUCUUCUAAUUGCUCAACCUGAAUAAAAAUGAUUAAGUGACCAAAGUAUA